CCAAGUUGAAGAAGAUUCUUUCCCUCAAAAAAUGGCGGAUUCUUCUUCGGAUUUGGGUGGGACGCUAAACGACUCAAACGUGCUUGCGCUAACUGGGAAAGUGAUUGUGGUGGCAGUCAUAAGCCUCUUCUUCGCGGCAGUCUGUGUAUUCCUCUUCCAUCUCUACACCAGAUGGCUCGCCCGCCAUCCUCCCGCAGACAAUUACGGCGUCAGCCUCUCCACCACCGCCCGGCGCCGCCGCAUUCAAGAAGAGGCCGCGGUCGUCCGCAGGGGGCUUGACCCAUCCGUACUGAAGGCAAUACCAGUGAUCCCGUUUAGCCGGAAUGGUAAAGAUUUCAACUUUGAAGAAGAACUGGAAUGUGCAGUUUGUCUCAGUCAGGUGAGUGAAGGUGAAAAGGCGAGGCUUUUGCCCCAAUGCAACCAUGGGUUUCACGCAGAUUGCAUUGAUAUGUGGUUCCAUUCCCAUUCCACGUGUCCUCUCUGUCGACUUCCCGUUGUGGGUCCCACUGAUGAAUCAAGAAUCGCAGAAGAAGAAGGCAUGAGAGUGACAGAGCAGAUCACCCUGGCAGCUUCUGUUGAGAUCUCCAUUCAAAUGCCACCAUCAUCUUCUUCUUCUUCAUCAUCCUCCUCAUCCUCAUCAACAGCUGGAUCAAAAGGCUUGAGUAGCAGGCUAAGAAGGGAGGGUAAGUUGGUAAUUGACAUUCCUAGGGAGAUUGUUGAAGAGGAUGAAGAGGAUAAAUUGUCUCCAAUGGUUACCAGCAGAAUGAGGUCCAUUAAGAGACUAUUGAGCAUGGGAAAGAGGGUUACUCCCAGGAGUCCUAGAUGCAACUUUGAUUUAGAACAGAGUUGUGGAAAAAGUCAAAGUCAAAUCUGACCAGAGUGCAUAGCCUGAAAACCAGGCAGGAGAGCACCAGUAAUGCAAAUGGUCAAGUAUUGCAGCAUUAAAAGAGGAUAAGAUGAGAUUCUAGACAUUGUUAUAUAUGUUCAUUUGUUAAUAUGAUUAUUUAUGCAGGAAAAAACAUAAGCCUUAUUUAGGCAUCCUGUUAAAGCACGUACUUUAGAGUUUAGACGUGUCUCUCUGUCUACUUCAAAUGCAAAUUGUUAUUGUGUGAUAUAUGUGAUAUCAAGAUUAUUUAGUGUCCAUUUG